CUAGCUAGCUAUAGCUAUGGCCGGAGAGGGAGCGGUUGCCGACGGUGAAGCGGCCGCCACCGCCGCUGCCGGCGGCAGCGGCGGCGGGGUAACGCCUACGGUCGUGAUGAGCUGCCUCACGGCGGCCGCCGGCGGGCUCUUGCUUGGGUACGACAUCGGUAUCACAGGCGGGUUGACGCAGAUGGAAUCGUUCCUGGAGGCGUUCUUCCCGGAGGUCCAGCGGAAGAUGGCCAACGCGAAGCAGGACGCGUACUGCAUCUUCGACAGCCAGGUGCUCAACGCCUUCGUCUCCUCCUUCUACCUCGCCGGCAUGGUCGCCAGCCUGCUCGCCGGCCACCUCACGAAGACUCUGGGCAGGAGGAACUCCAUGCUCAUCGGCGGCGUGCUGUUCUUCGCCGGCACCCUCCUCAACCUGGCCGCCGUCAACGUCAGCAUGCUCAUCGUCGGCCGCAUCCUCCUCGGCGUCGCCGUCGGCUUCAGCAGCUUGGCUGCACCGGUGUACCUCGCGGAGAUAGCGCCGGCGCGGUGGCGCGGCGCGUUCACGACGUCCUUGGGCUUGUUCACCAACCUGGGCUUCUUCAUGGCCGACAUGAUCAACUACCGCACCACUGCCAUCGCGAGGUGGGGCUGGCGCCUCUCGCUCGGCGCCGGCAUCGUCCCGGCCGUCGUCGUCAUCGUGGGCGCGGCGUCCAUCCCGGACACGCCCAACAGCCUGGCGCUGCGCGGGAGGCUCGACGAGGCCCGCGAAUCGCUGCGGCGCAUCCGCGGGGCAGCCGCCGACGUCGACGCCGAGCUCAAGGACAUCGUCCGCGCCGCGGAGGAGGACAGGAGGUACGAGUCGGGCGCGCUGCGGCGGCUCCUCCGACGCGAGUAUCGGCCGCACCUGGUGAUGGCGGUGCUCAUCACGGUGUUCUUCGAGAUGACGGGCGCGGUCGUGGUCGGCAUCUUCACGCCGCUCCUCUUCUACACCGUCGGGUUCACGAGCCAGAAGGCCAUCCUGGGCUCCAUCAUCACCGACGUCGUUAGCAUCGCCUCCGUCGCCGUCGCGGCGCUGGUGGUCGACCGCCACGGCAGGCGCACCCUCUUCAUGGUGGGUGGCGUCGUCCUCAUCCUGUGCCAGGUGGCCAUGGCGUGGAUCUUUGGCGCGCAGCUGGGCGCCGACGGCGGGAGGGCGAUGCCGCGAGGGUACGCGGUGGCGGUGGUGUUCCUCGUGUGCAUGUACACGGUGGGGCUAAGCGUUUCGUGGGGCUCGCUCUCGUCGGUGGUCACCACCGAGAUCUUCCCGCUGGAGGUGAGGUCGGCGGCGCUGGGGCUGGGCGGCGCCAUCGCGUCGGCGCUCACGUUCAUGCAGUCACAGUCGUUCCUGGAGAUGCUGUGCAGAUUCAAGUACGGCGCGUUCGCCUACUACGCCGGGUGGGUGGUGGUGAUGACGGCGUUCGUGGCGGUGUUCCUGCCGGAGACGAAGGGGGUGCCCAUCGAGUCCAUGGGCGCGGUGUGGGCGCAGCACUGGUACUGGAGGCGCUUCGUCAAGCCGGCGCCGGGCAAGCAGCUCGAUGGGCCGGAAUGAUGCCUUUGGGCUAUAAAUAAAAUGAAGUCGAUGGUGGGCCUAAUAUAGGCCUAUUUGGCGUUAAUUAUGUCCUCGUAAAUGUCAGCCUGCUUAACUGGUUUUGUGACCGAGUUCUGUCAUACAGAAAUAAAAAAAAAUCAUCAGCAAUUUAGGAGCUAGUGAAACCAGAGUUUCGUUCACUUUUAAUUUUUCUUUUCCGUAAGAAAAGUUGCUUAGCUUCUCUUCUGCUGCAUACUGCUACCUCCGUUAUAUUAUAAGAUUUUUUAAAUCUACCUAUAU